UUAGACGUCCUCUGUUUUCAAAAACUACUGCAGCUGCUGCGUGUAUUGUGGGAAGAUGAAAAACACAUUCAGCCACAGGCCAACGUUACAGUUCUUCGCAUAAUUCUAUUUCACUCUCGUUCUCCUCGAAAACUACGAGAUCUGCUUCCACCGACUUUUCACCAACAAUUUGCCUUUCUUCUCCUUUUUUUCAUGUUUUUCAAUUACUAAUUCUUGUUUAAAUCUCUUUAGUGGAAUUCUCAAAUUUUCCAUAAUUUGCAAUCAAUUUAAUUGGGUUCCAUUCUAAUCAUGGAUAUUCUCUCAAUCCCGAAUUACCUGCCUUUGUUUUUCAUCAUGUAUUUCGUUCUCUACCUCAAUGCCUACUUCAUCCUUUUCCGGACCUGGACCCGGAAGCUCCGACCCGAAGCUUGUAGCUGUAUUAUUUCUCUAGCUCACGGCACUCCAGCCGUGUUUCUAGCCUCCUACGCCAUAUUAUCUGACCCGAAUCGAAACUUCGAUUCCACGAACACGUCGUUUCAGAACCUUGUCCUUGAAUACAGCAUUGCUUAUUUCUUGAUGGAUCUUUUGCAUUACUUGGUGUUUUACCCAAGAGACGUUCUCUUCAUAGGCCACCAUAUGUGCACUCUCUUCGUCUUCAUGACGUGUCGUUACGUGGUUCUCCACGGUGCAUAUGCAAUCCUGGUGCUGUUGAUUCUUGCGGAGGUUACGAGCUUAUGCCAGAACGUGUGGACCCUGGCUAGUGCGCGGAGAUCAGAUGUGAAGUUUGCGGCCAAAGUGUAUGAUUUAUUUUCCCCUCCGUUCUAUGCUUUCUACUCUGUGGUGAGAGGUUUUGUGGGACCUUAUUUUGUUUAUCGAAUGUUUGUGUUCUAUCUGAGUGGGGUCUCGAAUCAUGUGAUUCCUAAAUGGGUUUGGAUAACAUGGAUUUCUGUUGUUGUGAUGGCUAUUUCUGUUAGCAUAUUGUGGAUUUCAAAUCUAUGGAUUCAGUUGUAUAGUGACAGAACGAAAAAAGUUGAACAGGAAAAAAAUAGAUAGAAAUGGAAAAAUUUGAAUUUGGAGGGUUUAGUUCCAUUUAUGUAAUGAUCUCAAAGGUAAAUGAAUGAAAUAUUGUUUCUUUUCA